AUGUUCCAGGGCGCCAACGCACAGACUGGUGGGUCAGGCUCCAGAUCUGUGAAGCCCCCAGGAGGAGAAUCGAGCAAUCUUUUUGGAAGUCCAGAAGAAGGUCCUCCUUUAAGCAAGCCUAAUAGGAUGGCAUCUAAUAUUUUUGGACCAACUGAAGAACCUAAAAACAUACCCAAGGGGACAAAUCCUCCAGGGGGCAAAGGAAGUGGUAUCUUUGAUGAAUCGACUCCUGUGCAGACUCGACAACGUCUAAACCCCGCUGGUGGGAAGACUAGUGACAUAUUUGGGUCCCCAGUCACUGCCACUGCACCCCUGGCACACCCAAACAAGCCCAAGGAUCACGUUUUGCUAUGUGAAGGUGAAGACUCUAAAUCUGACCUGAAAGUUACAACAAACUCCACACCCAGAGGAGAGCAGAGCGAGAAGGGAAGCUCAAAAGAAGCCGACCAUACCAAGAUAGCAGAGCCUACACCUAUGGUUGACAGUCAUGAGCCCAGACUGGGACCGCGACCUUGUUCCCACAACAAGGUCCUGAACCCACCGGGAGGCAAAUUGAGCAUCUCCUUCUAUUGA